AUGGAGAACGAAACACUGCAGGCAGCACUGCAGAAGUAGUGAGCAGGGAUGCCAGUUAUACCCAGAGUGCAGAAGUGUCUAAAAACUGCAGUCUCUCCUUACCAGCAUCUACCUCUGCUAAGCUGUCUCCAGGCCACUUUGCAGUCCUGUCCUGCCCUUGUGUGUGCUACUCACGCUCCAAUCUCCGGAUCAGGAAAUGUUAUCACUGAUUUAAGAAGAAAUGAAGCAGCCACGCAGGGGGCAAAAAAGAAGCAGCGGGAGUUAGCUCGUAAGGGGUCCCUGAAGAACGGUAACAUGGGAAGCCCAGUUAAUCAGCAGCCCAAGAAGAACAAUGUGAUGGCUCGAACAAGGCUGGUUGUUCCCAAUAAAGGCUAUUCAUCACUAGAUCAGAGCCCAGAUGAAAAGCCACUGGUAGCACUGGAUACAGACAGCGAUGAUGAUUUUGACAUGUCCAGAUAUUCCUCUUCAGGAUAUUCUUCAGCUGAGCAGAUCAACCAAGACUUGAACAUCCAGCUGCUAAAGGAUGGCUAUCGGUUAGAUGAGAUCCCAGACGAUGAGGACCUCGACCUAAUCCCCCCUAAAUCAGUCAACCCCACCUGCAUGUGCUGCCAAGCCACCUCCUCCACCGCCUGCCACAUCCAGUAAUGAGGACAGCAGGCUGUGAUCAGUGCUUUCCACUAUAACUGUAAAACUUAACAGCCAUUGCUUCCUCCUAUGGUAGGACGUGCACCUCUUUGUGUUCAUGGAGCCAGGAGAAACCAAACACCAUUUUAUGAUUGGUUGAUGAGUUAUUUUAAGCUAUGGUUAACAGACAUGAGCUGCUCCAAGUGCCAGGCUGGAGUCUGGGCAAUUGGCUGGUCUGGAAAGCUAAUGCAAAUGGGUCCAGUGAUUCCUGGGUCUGGGCAGGCUCUGGGUAUGAUUUGUAAAGUGUAUGUACUGGAUUGAGAAGGAUCAGAUGUGGCUGCAGUUAAUCCUAUCAGUCAACUGAGUCUAAGAUGUAAGGUCUUUCUAACCCGGGGAAAGGUCAUUUUUUAAUUCAUUCGCUGAAACUGAUCAGUUUGUGCCAACCAAAAUUGUACCUGAAUAGGAACAGAUUGGAGUAUUCUAGACUAUGACAGUGCUGCCGGCAAGAAUUAAUAUACCCUGGAAAUCAGUUACACACAAACCGUACAUGUAGGUGGAAUUUCAUUCUGGGUUAAUACCAAACUUUACUUGGACUGUCAUGUCACAGAUCUGAUGUAACCUACUGUUAUUUCCAUUUGAGAUUAGCACCAAACAGAUAAAAUUCUGUCCACAAUCCAACCAUCCCCUCCUCACUCAGUUUACUCCUAGGAGUAAACAUUCCAUAUCCAUGAAUUCAGUCCAGUCAUUUUUAUUGGGUAUUGCCUCCAAUGUUUAAGGGGAAUUUUUGGGGCCCAGCUGCUGGCAAAAAUCACAGUCCUUGUCAAUUUAGGUAAAAAAUAUGUAUAUACCUAGGAAGAAGAAUAAUGAUACAGUCUUACAGUCAAAACUCAAAAAGCAAGCUGAAGAAAGCACAUGUUUUUUACAGUACACAGAGGUUCAUGUUAUCUUGACUUUGAGCCUAUUGAAGAGAUUUACCAACACUGGAUGUCUGUGCAUUUAGUGUUGCCAUAUGUUAGCAGGAUCGGCAAUUUCCAGCAACAAGAGGAUUGAGAAGGUUCCCAUCAUGAGACACACGAGGGAAACUGCUGUCAUCCCAGCUCUGCCCUCUUCUGAGCCAGCCUUAGCUGGUGUUAGGGCAGUGCCAGUAGUGAAGGAGCAGUUGUGUUUGCACAAUGCUGUUCGUGUUCAGGAAACAUGCUUCUAAGAUCAGUAGAUUUACUCCAUUGCCAAUCCAGGUUUGUUUUUAAGGCCAGUGAAUUUCCUGAAUUAUGAACCAUAUUGGCCUCCUGAUAUUUCUUUUAAGCUUUUGAUGCAAAAGGUGCCCAAGAGUCAAGUGAAUGCAGGGCCUGCGCUUAUUAUGCCAUCAGACUAAAUUCCUUGACAUGAAACAUAACAGCAUAUUCUUCUGCUUCGUCAGGAGGGACAAAAACUACCAACCUUGCUUUCAGUGCUUGCUUCGGGUAUUGGUGAUGAAAAUAUUUGAGGAAAACUAAACCAUUUUUCCAGUUUAAACUUCUUCUGGGAAUUCCUUCAUAAUGCAACACAUAUGCUUAAAUUUCACCUUCCUGGAUUAUAAAAUCCUUGUGUAAAAGUUAGAUGCAGUCAACUGAAUCUUUAAAAGGACACUGUCAGCUGCUUCUAAUAGCUUGAAUCAGUGUUGGCUUUUACUCUGUGUAUGGCAAGAUGCAGCAUACUCUAGUGGUCUGAACACAGGAUUAGAGCUCUGGGUUCUAGAGCACCGCUCCACCACUCGCUUGUGUGGCCUUGAGCAAGUCACUCAAACUGUGUUUUCCCCCUCUGUAAAAUGGCAGAAUACUUACCUACCUCACAGGACAUGUGAGGAGAAGUUGCCGUUGUUUAUAGCACUUUACAUCUAUAAGUGCUAACUGCCCUUUGCAAAUCCUCCAAGACUUCUGGAAACUGAAUAUUUCCCUAUUCAUCUUGCCCUUUUUAAUCACUUGGCAACUAUUGAGGUGGAAGUUUUCCCAAACGUUUCUAGAGAAGCACAAAGCGUCAGCCAUCAUGUGCCCGCUUCAUCUAUGAUGCCAGCAGAAAUGGUGCUCAGCUUUGGGAAUAACUAGGCAGAAGAGGAGCUCCCACGAAACGAUAUGUGUAGAGACAAGAUGGCUUUUGAUUCUUGGGAGUAAUGAGUGGGGAAUGUGGCCAAAUCUUUUUUUUAAGUAAAAUUUUGUACUAAAAUUAUUUGACAGUGUCCCUUUAAAGGGCUGUAUUAAUAGAGGCUUUCAGACUGCUGACUAAAACUUUACAGACUGGAACUACAUAGUACAGUAUUCAUAUGACCACCAACAUCAUCAUCAUAGUCAUCCUGUGGGACAGUUUUCAUCACAUCAAACACAGCUGCUCAAACUUUGCCCAGCUGGGAGCAUUGCCUGUUAGGGGUCUGGUGCCCCAGAGCUCUGCACCUACUUUGUAUUUAACUACAAUGGCAUGGCCUAUGCCAGACUACAGGUCCCAGCAUGCAAAGCCUCUGUCCUUAUACCGAGCGUGUCCUGGUGUGCAGAUCAAGAUGGAGCACUCCAUGCUGGGGUUAAUAGUCUUCAUAGGCUGCCCCACCAUAUUAAAGAAGAGACCUCACCUGCUGAUGUGAUGACUGUUGCCUCAAGUUAGCAGGAACAAAUGUUUUUAUUUCUUCUGGUUUACAUUUUUUUCGGGCUCCUGCCCCAAAUGCAUUAUUUUAAUAGCCCACUCCACUCCACCCCCCGCAUGCACACACCACCUUUCGGGCUGUGAAAUAAGCACAUGCUUCCAGUUUAACCCUUUAGGAUCUGGGUGAGAUUGAUGCUCAGUGUUUGGAGAAGAUAGGAGGGAGGUGAAGACUAUGUUUAAAUAUUAAUGACACUACAAGUACUUUCAUGGUCUCUACAAAUCAUGCUCCAUGACGGGCGCUUUCUACAGCUGUAAGGAAAUGCCAUGCUGAGUUUGUUUCAUUCCCCAUUCACAGAGGGUUUUGGUUGCACAAACAGCUCGCUUAGCAUGAUCAGUGCAGAUCCAUAAAAUGGAAACUUUUGGCUUCUCCUCACUCUGUGCUUUGUGUCCAUGUAUUUCACCAGGUGGAUAAACUAGAUGGGGUAGAAAGAAAAGCAGUUAUCAAUGUAGGGUUGGAUUCAGGAAAUGCAUUGGGAAAAUGCACAUAGCUAUUACAGAAAGUUGACCGAUAAUCCUGCUCCACUAUGGCUUGUCAUGCAGAAUAUGAACUUCUUGUUGUUUAAAAAAAAAGAAAAGAACUCUGUUGGGAGGUUGGGGAGGAGUAUUAAUCUUAAAAAUGGCUAGUUAAGCCUGGCUCUCCCUGCAUGGCCUCAUGUCCCAGCCUUUGGUUCAGUGGAUGGCUUCUUUUGCCUCGUGCCAAUCAAAGGAGUAUGUUAAACUGUACCAACAGUCCCUGGCAGUGUACCUGGAGAUUCUGUAGCACUGUUUCCCAGCCCCAGGAGACGAGGGAAGAAAAGGGAGGUUGUCUCUCACUUUCCACUUCAGCUGGAGAACACAUUUAUAAAAUUGCCAGAGUGUUCUCAUAGAAUCAUAGAAUAUCAGGGUUGGAAGAGGCCUCAGGAGGUCAUCUAAAUGCAUCUAAAA